AUGGCUUCGUCCAGCUCCUCCAGCACCUCAGGCGGCCCCAUCGCCAGAGGAUCUCGAAGGAGGAGGCUCGUUCUGAAGCUGAGCCAGAAGGACACCCUGCAAGCGCUCUUUCAACAGAACCCCUACCCUGGGAUAGCGACCAGAGAACGACUGGCCCGAGAGCUUGGCAUUGCCGAAAGCAGAGUUCAGGUCUGGUUUCAGAACCAACGAAGAAGACGGUUAAAGCAGAGCCGAUCGCCGUCUGCAAAUAUGCGCCAAGACGGGGAAGGGGCGCCAGGAGAGGCCAGGAGAAAGAGGACAGCCAUCUCUCCUUCUCAAACAAGGAUCCUUGUGCAAGCCUUCACGAGGGAUCGCUUUCCAGGGAUUGCUGCCAGGGAAGAACUGGCUCGUCAGACGGGAAUCCCAGAACCUCGAAUCCAGAUAUGGUUUCAAAACCGAAGAGCUCGGCACCCCCAGCAGAGCGCAAGGGGGCCUGGCAAUGUCCGGGCCCGAGGACCAGGCGGCGCAUCGGCCACGACCGCUCCUGCUCCAGAGGACCGAAGGGCCCCACCCGCUGUCCACAGCACCUCUCCUCCCCUUGGCCCCUCUCAGACACAGGAGAGCAUGCCACCCUUGGCUGCAGCCGCUCCUUUGGGCGCCCCCACCUUCUGGGCCCUCCUCGACACGCUGCCAGGCUCCACAGGUCCUCAGGGCUAG